GUUACGCGCAUCAAGGGAACGUGGUGAGGCCUUCACUGUUAUUGUCCUCGCUCAGUCCAUCCAUUAAUGACCGUCUUUCUCCCCAACGCUCUCCUCUAGUCCUCCUCCUCCUCGCUCCGGACCGUGUCUCCAGAAUCUUCUUCGGACUUGCACACUGGUCUCAUUCCGUCUGAAUUCUCUCUUUAUCCAACAACAAGAACUGUAAAAUUUAGAUCCAUUUCCGCAAUUUGAGAAGACAGUUGGUGGGUUGUUGUCAUUCUGGGGGGGUGGAAAUGGAGGAUGUGCGGGAACAGAGUCAGUCACAAGCUCAAGAAAAUGAAAGUGAAAUAGUCAUGGAAAAGGCUGCAUUUGUGCACGGAAAUCCCAUUCAGGAUGAUAAUGAUCCCCCAAAAGUUGAUUCUGAAGUGGAAAUACUUCACGAGAAAGUCACAAAACAACUCAUGAAGGAAGGCCAUGGGCAAAAGCCGUCCAAAUAUUCAACAUGCUUUUUGCACUACAGGGCAUGGGCAGAAGGCACUCAGCACAAGUUUGAAGACACAUGGCAUGAGCAAAAACCAGUUGAAUUGAUUUUAGGGAAAGAGAAGAAAGAAAUGACAGGACUGGCCAUUGGCGUCUCCAGCAUGAAGUCUGGUGAAAGAGCACUGUUACAUGUGGGUUGGGAAUUGGGCUAUGGGAAAGAAGGGAGCUUUUCAUUCCCUAAUGUUCCUCCCAUGGCUGAUAUUGUAUAUGAAGUUGAGCUUAUUGGUUUUGAUGAAGCCAAAGAAGGAAAAGCUCGUAGUGACAUGACUGUGGAGGAGAGAAUUGGAGCAGCAGACCGCAGAAAGAUGGAUGGGAAUGCUUUUUUCAAGGAAGAAAAGUUAGAGGAGGCCAUGCAACAGUAUGAAAUGGCCGUUGCAUAUAUGGGUGACGACUUCAUGUUCCAGUUGUUCGGGAAGUACAGAGACAUGGCUUUGGCUGUAAAAAAUCCUUGUCAUCUCAACACAGCAGCAUGUCUGAUAAAGCUUAGGCGUUAUGAGGAGGCCAUUGGACACUGCAGUAUUGUAUUGGCUGAGGAUGAAAACAAUGUCAAAGCACUUUUCAGACGGGGAAAAGCGAGAGCAGAACUUGGGCAAACAGAUGCUGCCCGGGAAGACUUCCUGAAGGCACGUAAACAUGCACCUGAAGAUAAACCAAUUGCAAGGGAGUUGCGCCUUCUUGCAGAACAUGACAAGGCUCUCUAUUUGAAGCAAAAGGAAAUUUACAAAGGAAUUUUUGGACCAAGACCCGAACCCAAACCCCAGCAAACUAACUGGCUCAUCCGCAUUUGGCAGUGGCUGGUAUCAUUCCUAUAUCGUCUCUUCAAACUUGAAAGGCACAAAGCUGAUUAAUAUGGGCUUAGAAUAAUCAAACUUGACUGAUGAGAAAUGAAGCCUUUAGUACUUGAUAUAGCCAUUACUUAUGACUUUUGGUUUCAAUUGUAUCUGUAAUUGCUGAAGAUUUUACAAAGCUGAUCAUUCUCGAGUUUUUGAAUGAUAUGACAGAUUAAUAAGUGAAGCCCUUAAUUUUAGAUAGUAGCUGUCAUUGAUGAUUCUGAUAUCAAAGUGUUAUCUAUUGUUGCUGAAGGUUUCAAUGUAUCUGUUAUGAAUGUAUUUUUCUUGAACUA